UCCAAGAUGGCGGACUGUGCGUGAGGCGCGAUCCUCGGCGCGCGGUUCCCUCUUGCCAUGAAGGGCAAGGAGCGGUCCCCGGCCAAGGCCAAGCGCUCCCGGGGCGGAGGAGGCGGCGGAGGCGGAGAGGACUCUUCCUCGGUGAGAGGCGAGCGGAGCACCAAGAAGCCUAGCAACGGCGGCGGGAAAAGUAGCAGCGGCGGCGGCGGCGAGGGAGGUAGCAGUAGCAGCAGCCGUCGGAGCCUCCACUUGGAGAAGGCGAGCCGGGCCAGCAGCCGGGAGUAUGAGGCGGCAGUGGGGGCGGGUGGCGGCGGAGGGAGCAGCCGUCACGGCUAUGGCAACAGCAGCAGCAAGAACGCGGAGUCCUCCUCCUCGCGCGGAAGCAGCAGCCGCGGAGGCGGAGGAGGCGACUCCCGCGCGCCCCCCUCGGACUCCGCCAGCAGCGAGUACAAGACCCUGAAGAUCAGCGAGCUGGGCUCCGCUCUGAGCGACGAGGCCAUCGAGGACGGGCUCUUCCACGAGUUCAAGCGCUUCGGAGACGUCAGUGUCAAGAUCAGCCGCCUCCCGCCCGGAACAGGCGCCGUCGACGAGCGGGUGGCCUUCGUCAACUUCCGGCGGCCCGAGGACGCCCGCGCCGCCAAGCACGCCCGGGGGCGCCUGGUCCUCUACGACCGGCCACUCAAGAUCGAGGCCGUCUAUGUCGGAGGAGGAGGAGGAGGGAGUGGGCGCCGCCGCAGCAGCCGUUCUCCGGCCAUUUUGGACAAGGACUCCCCCUAUGGAGCCACGGCGGUUGGGGUCGCGAGCGCUGCCCCCGCUGCCCUCAGGCACCCCCCGACGGGGGCGACACAGAGGGCCCUCUCGCCAGCCGGGGGAGGAGCGAGCCUCGGAUACAGAGACUUCCGGCUGCAGCAGCUGGCCCUGGGCCGCCUGCCGCCCCCGCCUCUCCCUCGGGAGCUGGAGAGGGAGCGGGACUACGGGGGCUUCUACGACCGGGUCAGGCCCGCCUACAGCCUGGACCGUGUGGCCGGGGUGGCGGCAGCGGCGGCCUUCCGUGGGGUCGGUGGCACCGGCGCGGCCAGCGAGGAAGAGAUAAGCCCAGAGGAUGACCAGAGAGCCAACCGCACACUCUUUUUGGGCAACCUGGAUAUAUCGGUGACAGAGUCAGACCUCCGGCGGGCUUUUGACCGCUUUGGGGUCAUCACUGAGGUGGACAUCAAGAGGCCCACCCGAGGUCAGACUAGCACCUAUGGGUUUCUCAAGUUUGAGAACUUGGAUAUGGCACACAGGGCUAAGCUGGCCAUGUCCGGUAAAGUGCUGCUGCGUAACCCUAUCAAAAUUGGCUACGGUAAGGCCACCCCUACCACGCGGCUUUGGGUCGGCGGCCUGGGGCCUUGGGUGCCGCUGGCUGCCCUCGCCAGGGAGUUUGACCGUUUUGGCACUAUCCGUACUAUUGACUAUCGUAAAGGCGAUUCUUGGGCCUACAUCCAGUAUGAAAGCUUGGAUGCUGCACAAGCAGCUUGUACUCACAUGCGUGGCUUUCCUUUGGGGGGACCAGAUCGCCGUUUGAGGGUGGACUUUGCUGACACUGAGCAUCGCUAUCAGCAACCCUAUUUGCAGCCUUUGCCACUUCCACCCCCAGGCCAUUACGAGCUUGUAGCAGAAACAUCUGCUUUUGGGGCCCAUCGUGGAGCCCCUCCAGAUCCACUCCGAGGUGCCCGGGACAGGACUCCACCACUUCUAUAUGAUCGUGACAGAGAUUUAUAUCCUGAAACAGAGUGGGUUCCUCCCCCACCCCCAGUUCGAGAUAGGGGCAACAGAGCAACUGUUUAUGAUCCACUUGAAAGCCUGGAGCGCCGGCGAGAUGGUUGGUCUCUAGAAAGAACUCGUGGGGAAAGGGAGUUAGGCAGCAGCAAUAGGGACCCACCCAGAAAGCGAAGGCUAGUGGAAGAUGGGCGGCAUUUGGACCGUUCACCAGACAGUGAACGCUCAUCUUCAUCCCGCAAACGGCACUGUCCUGCUGCAGCUUCUCCACAAGACCGUAGUCCUGAACCAGGUAUAGGCAGAGACCGCUAUGGUAGUGAUACAGAACGGCCAUCUUCCCGUUUGCUUCUGUUGGAUCGUCAUUCCCCCAUCAGGGAGUCACGUAGAGGUAGUUUGGAGAGAGGUCAGAGUGAAAAGCGUGACCACAAGAGUUCAGUAGAAAGGGAAAGAAAACAUCGCACCCUCACGGUAGCUGCUGCCCAAGAGUGCAAGAGCCCAGCUAAAAAAGAUGAACAUGCUUCUGAAGGGAGCAGUGGUGGAGGAUCUCGCUUGAAGCCUCCCCCUCAAAAGCAGCAACAGCAGGAUGGAACCUCAAAGUCUGGGUCGACCCCCAAACUGUGCCUGGCCUGGCAAGGAAUGCUUCUAUUGAAGAACAGCAACUUCCCAUCUAACAUGCACCUACUUCAAGGAGAUCUGAACGUGGCCAGCAGUCUUCUGGUGGAAGGAGCAACUGGUGGCAAAGUGGCCCAGCUAAAGAUCACUCAGCGUCUCCGUUUGGACCAGCCUAAGUUGGAUGAAGUUACUCGUCGCAUCAAAGUGGCAGGGCCUAAUGGAUACGCUAUUCUUCUGGCUGUGCCUGGAACCACAGACAACCGUGCCUCAUCUGGGGCUGGUGAAGCUAACACCACCUCUACACAGCGUCCCCUCAGAAACCUGGUGUCCUAUCUUAAACAAAAACAGGCAGCUGGAGUCAUAAGCCUUCCAGUAGGAGGCAACAAAGACAAAGAAAACAGCGGGGUCUUGCAUGCUUUCCCACCCUGUGAUUUUUCUCAGCAGUUCCUGGAUGCUACAGCCAAGGCCCUGGCUAAAUCAGAUGAUGAUUAUUUGGUCAUGAUCAUUGUCCGUGGUGCAUCUUAAAGCCCUAAUGCUUUUUUGUGUUCUGUCCUGCUGCUUCACACAGCCUCCCUUGUUUCAGUGUCUGCCAGGUGCUAUGCGAUAAGCCUUAGCCAGUCCCCAAAGUAUAAUUUUUAAUUAGAGCCAUAGCUAAUGUCAUUUCCCCAUAAUUUUCUUUAAAUUCUUUAGAAGGCAGACAUAUUAUCUGUUGAAUAGUAUGGCUAGACUACCUUUGGCUAUCUUGCUGAUGAGCAAGUAGCAAUAAGGAAAGGUCUGCUUUAACUAAAAUAUGAAACCCAAAAACAAGUCUGACUCCCUCUUUUUUUAGCUUUUAACUUUUUGUCCUUUUUCAUUUCAUAACUUUAAAGUAGUUAUAAAAAUCUCCUCCAUACACUUUCACAUCUAAAUUGACUGAUUUAAAGCAUUAAUGUCAUGGCUUAUGUAGACAUCACCGUAAGAAGAUAAGCAAAUGCUCAUUCUGAGCCCUGUGAGCAUUCAAUGAAGGCCUUGAGUCUGUAACCUUGAAAUCAAAAUCAUCCCUGUGUCAAGAAUCUGAAAUUUAAGUUUGAGUUGAAUUGACUCACAGUUGACUUCCCUGAGGCAGCUGACACUUUAGCCUUUGUGGUUACACUAUAGACUUCUUUUGCUGGGUGGUAGUUUUUGUCAAGUUCCCAGAAAUGCAUGCCCAUGAGGAAUGUUUCUAAGAGGUUGAUUCUUUUCCUUUUACCCUUUUAUUCAUUUGAGGUUGCAGUAUAACACAUGAUUAAAAAAAAAACAGAGAGCUUUGUUACAAUCUGUGAACAUCUUGCACUUCAGUAUGCAAGAAGUAGGCACUUUUCACAGAGCUGACCAUUUGCAUUUUUGUUACUUUCCAUUGCUAAAUAUGUUGGUCACGGUGAAUUCCAAAAUGUAACUUGGAAUUUUUUUUCAGAGAUGGCACUUAAGUUCUGCCACACAGCUGUUUCAAUAUCAGUUUAUUCCCCUGACAAUGAAAAGGAAUGCUACCUGCUAGAUAUUUUCAGCAAGGCUAUUGAACUGCCGAAGAUGACAAGGGAUUCCAAGCUCUUAUGGACCUUUGCGAAGAAAACCUGUGGUUUAUGUGGAAUAUACAUGGGCCUCAUGGAAGAAAGCUUAUCUGUUUAGUAUUUGUGCAUUUUACUAAAAUGGCAGCUUUAAAAAGUUGUGUAUCUGCUAUUGUGAUGCCAAUGCCCGUGUUUUUAAGUGGAAAAUUGACCUCUUUGCUUUGUGCUGUGUACACAAGAUUUCUGCAAAAGUAAAGGAAAAAACCUUUUUAUGGCUCACACAGCUUAAAAUGGCUGUCACUCAAAACAUGCGCUCACAGUUGAGCUGAUUUUGUUUCAUUCUAAAUAAAUUGUUUCUUUUGAGGAAA